CCCUGACGCCAAAUGCAUGCAUGUUGGUCGCAUUAGUCAUCAGCCGUAGGUGGGCGAUGUGUCAAAUAAAGUGACAUUCGACAUAUCGGUUCAAUUGUAAAUAUGUACAACUACAGCGUUGAUAAACCUGAGUUGUGAAGAUCUGUUCAACGGUAUCGAAUAACAUUCUCUAGAUAUUCAGUGAAACGGAUACCUGUUAUUAAAGAGUUGCAAAUAUGGACGUCUUGAACAAGCUCCGAAACACAGUAAGCAACACCAUAAGCAAUACUAUAAGCAACACUGUUAACAGUACAGCUUAUGGUCUCUCCCAACUGUCAAGUGUUCUGCCUGGAAAUCCAGUAACCAGAGAAUUCGAAGCAACUGCCCACGUGGGCAGCGCUGGUCCAGGCUUGCUAUGGAAGGUUUACAGUGGUUACAAAAAAUCAACCAAACAGGAAGCAGCUAUAUUUGUCUUUGAGAAACGCCAGCUAGACCGAUGGUCUGGAAAAGUUGAGCGUGAAGCUGUUCUUGAUUCUCUUAGACGUGGGGUUACUCAAAUCACAAAACUCCGGCAUCCUCAGGUUCUCAUAGUUCAGCAUCCGCUAGAAGAGUCGCGGGACAGUUUAGCCUUUGCUACUGAACCAGUCUUUGCAAGCCUUGCUAAUGUGCUAGGCCGGCUUGAAAAUGUACCUCAACCAACGCCAGCUGCUUUAAGAGAUUAUAAACUACUUGAUGUUGAAAUUCGCUACGGACUUAUGCAGCUAGGGGAAGGUUUAGCCUUUCUCCAUACCGAUGUCAAACUGCUGCACAGAAAUUUGUGUCCAGAGGCCAUCAUGAUCAAUGGACACGGAGCUUGGAAAAUUUUUGGAUUCGAUUUCUGCGCUGUUAAUCAGAGCCCGAACGAUAAACAGCCAUCGUGGUCAUAUGCAGAUUAUGAUCCAACGAUACCGAGUAUAGCACAACCAGCUUUAGAUUAUCUAGCACCGGAGUGUGCAAUUGCAGGCAGCUGCAGUCCGCCUAGUGAUAUUUUUUCGCUAGGCAUGCUUGUGUAUGUCUUACAUUCACCAGGAGGCCGUCCACUGAACGAAUGUCAUGGAGAUCCGUCGAAAUGCAGACGCUUUUUGGGAGAUCUGAAGACCUCCCUUUCCUCAUCUAAACUUAGUCACAUUCCUGAACCACUAAGAGAUACUACAAAACUCAUGCUGAGCAAUAAUCCUGAACUGAGACCAGAUGCGCAUCAAUUUAUUAAGAUUGAUUACUUCACUGAUAUUGGAGUGCGGACAUUGAACUAUCUGGACAAACUCUUUCAAUGGGACAAUCUACAAAAGUCCCAGUUUUACAAAGGUUUGCCAAAAGUAAUAAAGCAACUGCCGCACAGAGUUGCCCUGCACAGAGUAUUACCUGCCCUCUACAAAGAAUUUGUUAAUGCUCCAAUGGUGCCUUUUGUCCUCCCAAGUGUACUACAAGUAUCAGAAAAUGGUACUGCCGAAGAAUUCAAGGAACACAUUUUACCCAAUCUAAAACCCGUGUUGGCACUGGAAGACCCACCACAGGUCAGUUUAGUUUUACUGCAACGCGUCGAUCUACUGCUGAAAUUGUGCCCGGCUGAUGCGAUCAGAAAUGAUGUCCUGCCUCUGCUUACAAGAGCUCUAGAUUCCGAUUGGGAACAGCUACAAGAGCUCUGUCUUGCUGCGCUCCCUUCAAUAGCCAACUUGAUCGAUGGACCGUCAAUGAAAAAUGCAAUUUUACCUAGAAUUAAAAAAUUAUGCCUAGCAAGUAAAGGUGGUACCAACUUGGGCGUGAGGGUGAAUUGUCUUCUGUGCCUUGCUAAAAUGCUAGACCACUUGGACAAGUGGUUGAUUCUAGAUCAAAUUCUUCCAUUUCUACAAGAAGUCCCACAUUCUGGUGAACCAGCCGUUUUGAUGGCUAUUAUAGGUAUUUACAAGCUGGUACUGACCCACAGCAAGUUGGGCAUGAGUAAGGAAAUGCUGGCAACUCGAAUUCUGCCAUUUCUGCUUCCAUUCUGCGUUGAGCCAGGACUGAGUCCCACGCAAUUUGAAACACUUGCUUCGCUUGUGGGAGAUAUGGUGACAAGAGUUACCUCUGAGCAUCGUGAAGCUCUCCGUCAACUGGAUGCUGUCCGAAAGGAAGCUCAACAAUUUGAUCAGGCUCUUUCACAAGCUGGCAAUCCUAUCUCUAGUAGUUUGAGUGACACAUUCGCUGGAAUUGAACUAGCACCACCACCUACUGCUGUAGCCAAAACAAGCAAUGACACAAAAGUACUCAGCCUACAAGAAAAGCAAAAACUUGUCCAGCAACAAGAAGCACAUCAAAGACUGCAAGCUCAAGCGCCAAUGGCUCCAAAGCCAAUUGUUCAACCUGUGAAAUCUAAGCCGAAAGAUCUAACAGACACGCUUUUACAAAAUAAUUUAAAUCAGCUGAACAAACCCUUAACGAAGUCUUCAAGUUCUGAAUCAAAUUACGCGGCAUUGCAGUCUCCGUCUUGGGGAAACACGGGAAUGACAAACGGCAUGACAAACAGUCAAACUCAGUGGGGUGGUCUAGCAAUCACGGCUGGACCACAAACUGGUCAAAACCCAAUGUCAGGUUGGGGUUCAAACGGAAUGAAUCCAAAUAUGAAUUGGGGGGGAUCUCAACAAUCUGCGCCAAGCUGGAAUCAGACUAGAGUCAAUCAAAAUAUAGGUCAGAAUUGGGGAUCAUCUAUAAAUUCUGGAAUAAGGCCACAAUGGAGACCGGAAGGAGGCGCACAGGGGAUGUCUCAACCUCUUGUAUCCCAACCACAAACGACUCCGAAUCUAUCCACACAAGACAUCAUGGACUUACUUAGCUAAUACAAACUGACUGCAUUAGAAAAAAGUUUAAUGUUCGAUUUAACUGUUAAGAAGUGAUACUCAAGGAUUACAGGUGAAUAUAUUACAGAUAAAUUUUCCAAUAGUAGUUCUAUGAACAUCGUUUUAAAAUA